UAUGUAGAUGUUCCUAUGUAUUGGACUCCAACAAAAGUACUUACCUACUGGCUACUGCUCUCUAUUACUCUCCCCUUCCUCAAAGUUGUAACUCUGUCCUCUUCAUUUCAGUUGUUCUCUAGUUUGAAAAGCUCAAAGUUUGCACAAUGAGCAACAAACUUGCUAGUUCUGCUCAUCCGGCCCCUGUGGCAGUCUUAAACUUUCCGUUCGCAUCCCAUCCCAGCUCUCUUCUCAAAUUCAUUCGUACCAUUUCCGCAGUAUCCCCCGACAUUAAGUUCACCUUCUUCAGCACAUCUAAAACAAAUAUCUCACUCUUCUCCGGUUCCAACACAAAGGGCUUGGACAACAUAACUCCUUACAAUAUACCGGAUGGCUUGCCGGAGGGCUACGUGCCCCGCCCUGGACCUCCACUGGAGCAAAUAGGGUUGUUCCUCACCAAGGCACCUGAAAGCUUCGAGAGGGCACUCAGAGAAGUGGAGGCUGAAACUGGACACAAGUUCAGCUGCUUGAUAUCGGAUGCAUUUCUCUGGUUUUCCGGGGACAUUGCCGAGAAAUUGAAAGUCCCUUGGGUGACUACCUGGAGUGGACCACGCCCCCUGCUUGUUCAUCUAGAGACUGAUUUGAUCAGAGAAAAAGUGGGAGCUCCAGGGCAAGAAGACAAGACCCUGGACUUCCUUCCAGGGUUCUCAACCGAAUUCGUAGCAUCUGACUUACCAAAGGAAGUUGUAUUUGGAAAUAUAGAGUCCCCGCUUGCGAAUAUGUUGCAUAAAAUGGGACAGAAGCUACCACAAGCAACUGCAGUUUCUGUCAACUGUUUUGAAAAAAUGGACUUGAAAGUUACUGAGGAGUUGAAAAAGAGACUCAAGAAGUUGCUCCUUGUUGGACCGCUACAUCUAGUGCGGCCACAACCAUCAGCAGAAUCAGAUGAUGUCAAGGAGGAGAAGGAUGUAUGCUUGCCGUGGCUGGACAACCACGAGCCUACAUCGGUAGCAUACAUCAGCUUUGGAAGUGUGGGAGCACUACCCCCCAUGGAGGUAGUAGCUUUAGCUGAGGCAUUGGAGGAAGGGGGAUUCCCAUUUCUUUGGUCAUUUAGGGGAAACCUAGAUGACUUUCCCAAAGGAUUCAUUGAAAGAGUAUCUAUUGGAAAAGUUGUUCCCUGGGUGAACCAAGUGCAAAUCCUAAAUCAUCCAUCAAUAGGUGUGUUUGUUACACAUGGUGGUUGGAAAUCAGUUUUGGAGAGUGUUACUUAUGGCGUGCCGAUGAUUGGGAGGCCACAUUUUGCUGAUCAAAAUCUGAAUAUGCGGAGCGUAGAAGCUGCAUGGAAGAUAGGUAUGAAGAUUGAGGGGGGCGUUUUCACUAAAACUAGAGCAAUCAAGGCAUUGGAACAAGUUCUAUUGCUUGAGCAAGGAAAAGAAAUGAGACACAGAGUUGGAGUCCUAAAACAGCUUGCUCAAGAGGCAGUUGGACCCAAUGGGAGUUCAGCUCGAGACCUGAAAGCUCUGGUAGAGAUCAUCAAAUCAUGA